GCGUAGGAGUCGUACUAUCGUUGAGUGGCCUCGAGUUAUCAUGGCGACGAACGACAAUAACCGGUACUUCGACAAUCGAUCUUGCUAUAAUUGUGGUCAGACUGGUCACAUAUCUCGAUACUGUCCUCUUCUCGAUAAGCGUACUAAUCUUCCUCCCUCGUCUAGUACUGCGAUCGUCACUGCUCGGCCUUUGUUGACCUUUCCUGCUGGUAGCUCUACUGGUGCUAACUCGGGUAGUAGUAAUUAUUCUGGCCAACAGUCUGGGCAGUAUUCUGACCGAGGAUGGCUGCGCAAUCGGGUGUUUACGCUCGAGGGGAUUGUAUCGAAGAUUAAAGAGAAGCACGACGCGGACGAGGCCAAGGAGCAGGUUGCUAAGGAAGAAGAACAAAGUAAGAUGAAGGAAAAAGAGGACGAAGAUCGCAGGUCACAUGAGAAAUUGGAGAGAGAAGAACGGCAAUCGAAGAUGAGACAGGAUCUGAACUCCCGAUGGGAAAUGGUGUGUCAGAAAAUCGACAAGAAGGACAAAGAGUGCAAUGAGGUGGCGAAGCUGCGAGAGGAAAUUGCUAAGUUGACACAACGCAACAACGCGGGUGAGCCAUCUACUUCGGUGAUGAAACCAUCUGUUGACUUCGAUUUUGUUGAACGGCUGAAACAAGAGCAAGAGGAGUUACGUGCGAUUGCCGAUAAGAGGUUUGCCAUGCUUGAGGAGAAGAUCUCCGGCCUCGUAAAAGAGAAAAAUGAAGUUGAGGCGGAUGCAGAGCUUUGGAAAGCCGAAGCCCUGCGUCAAGGGAACAAACGAGGGAGUAUUGCAAUAGCAACUCCUGACACGGAGGCAAGGGUUCGACAGCGGGGAACGCCAUGCAGACCACCCACGGAUUAUCGAGUUAAUCCUACACUCAAGGGAAUCGUGGAUCGACCCAAUCUGGAAGUCAACGCGGUGAAGGAGUUGCGAUUUAAGGAUGCUCACGAUAAAAUCGAGGCUGAGAAGGAAGUUGAGAGAUUGAAGGAAGCUAUGGCUAGACUUGAGAUGGUGAGGGAGAAGGCAACUAACCUGAAGAGCAAAGUGGAUGACGCAACGGGUCCUUCUGCUAAGAAGGCAAGUGGUACCUCCGCCAAGAAGAAGAUGUGUGUGGUUUCGCCAGCUGAAUCGGUGGAUGAACGAGAGGCUUUCGCACGGAUGCAACGUAAGCAAUUGAAGUUGAACAAAGAGCAAGUGGUGGCAAUUUGUGAUAAGGAGGGGAUAACAUUUACCAAGCUAUAGCAAACGAAGGAAGAAAUUGUGUGUCCGAGGGUGGCCAGAGCUUUCAAUGAAGAGAAGGUUAAGAG